UUGCGUAUAGACCAUUAGUAUCGUAUUUCAUCUUCGUUAGCAGUGUCACAUCCGUGCUAUAAACUAGUAAACCAUUGUGAUGAUUGAUCAGUGAGUUUGUGUGCUAAGGUAACUGGCUAAAUAAUUCUUCGCUAAGCAUAUUAAUAACUCUCCAUGAUAUAUGCAAAAGUAGUGUAUAAGCCUUUUCCUAAUAAAUAAAACUUAAAUAAAGUAUACUGGGCAGGUAAUCAAAAGUGAAAAUGGGAAUCAUCUAAAAGGCAAUGAAAUUAAGAAUAUUAAAUCUAGUGUUUACCAUCCAAAGGGAACCUACAUCACAUAUUUUUAUUAAAACUUGACAAUUUUUGAGUCUUUAAUAGUAGUUAGUUGAUAUAUAGGUAUGCCAAUGAACUUAGAUACAUGGCAAUCUAAUUAAAAGUUAUUAAACGUUUUGAAAUGCUGGUAAUCUAUCCAAUAUUCCUGUUCCAAAUGACUGUGAUUUGCGUGAUAUUAUACUUAGAAUCAAAUUGAUAGAUUUCCAACGAAAAAUAUUAGACUUAUCAGACAAAAAUGGUCUGAUUCUUAUUCUGUAUUUUUCAUAUCAUCUUCAGUGUAUUUCAUGUGAUUUCAUCAGUCGUACGUCUAGCUUGGUAUUCAAUUUUAGCGAUAAUUUAGUACUAAAAAUCACAUCUUGGUGUAAUAAGCUUGUAUGUUCUCAUCAAAUAUUUCAUCAAUGACGUCUAGUUUAUACAAGUCACUAUCCUGGUAAUGAACCGCGAUAAAUUGAUGGAAUAUGUCAAUUUAUUUCCCCAUUUCCUUAUUUUUCCUUAUUUUUUUCGUAUCUUCUAAAAAUUAGAACAACUUAAAUGCAAAUACUUGUCAAUCUAGAGGUUACAGAAGGAUCAAGCAAGCAACUUGUGUCACAUUUAUGUUGUAAUAAAAUUUUAAAAGGUGGCAACUGUGUAUUCCUUAAGAAUUCUUAUGGAUUCUUGCUCUCGUAACCCAAUUUUUUCGAAAACAAUAUUUCUGCGCCACGAUUUAAUUGAUGAGAACAAUUCAAUACGAUUCAGUUUAUUUGAUAUUAAAGAUGUAAAAUCAAGUGUAAGCGCUUUAAUCGGUGAAACAAUUACAACAAUAAAAGUAUUAUUGGAUAGUUCAUCUCUUCUGUUCCCAUUACGUGAUGAUUGUUCUCCAAUACCUGUGAAGUAUGAGGGUUUAGAGACGACUUUUCCAUCAAUAGUUGUGCAAUCAAGGAAACAGAAGCCAUUAGAUCCCACGGCAGCUAAGGUUGAUGCUAAUAUGUUGUCAUUACGUUCAGUAUGUGAUAAUCUAUUGUCUAAACGAUAUAAAUUCCAAGAUUCAAUCGGUGAGACAAUGCAUAUUAUUGAAUUUAUGGGCGAAUCAAAGUUAUGCUAUGCUUUCCCGAUAGAAUAUCUAAAAACUUUAAUUCAGUCCGAAUAUUUGAUAUAUGACUCUUUAUCUCGAACUGGAUCUUCGAAACCUGUUAUUGAAAGCCUACGAAAAGAACGAAUGAUUAGCAUGAAACAAACAUUGGAACAGUAUGAAGCUAAUUUAAGAAAUUUAGUUGAUUACACUGGUCCUCUAUUCAAAUCAUCUAAUGAACGUGCUAAUCCUCGCUAUGAUUUUGUUCCGACCAAUCUUCACGUGAAUCAGAUAGCUUUAACGGAUGUAGACGGCCAACUAGUUUCCUCGCAUAAUAUAAUAUCUGUUGGUGCAUUUUCAUUGGCUUCUCGACGUUAUAAAUCUGGUGGUUUAUUUCGGAUGGCAUUCGAUACUAUGAUUACACCGACACGUACAUAUCCACCUUCAGAAUUAUCUUAUUUAAAUCUAUCAUCGGAAUCACCCGUAGCUUCUGCUACAUGUCUUUUAAAUACAAAACCAAUUGGUAAAGCUAUGGAUUUAUUAUAUCGUGGAACACAUUCUAUUGCUUUAUUAAGAUCUGAUUUAGCUGGUCUUAUUCAAAGAUUAAACGCACCUGGACAGGCUGAACCAUUAGCUCAACGUUUGCAAAAAACUGUAUCUUCUAUACAGUGGAUAUUUUCAGAUAAAUUAUUAUCUAACUUAAAUGUUUUACCGGUUGUUUCAUGUGAUUUCGGAGUGAUUAUCACUUUACUUACACAAUUAUCAUCAGUAGAAAUAAUGAAAUCAAAUUCUCAACCAUCACAACCCAAUGAUCAUGUAAUAAUUAUAAAUAAAAAGAAAAAUGAGUCUCGUGAAAAUUUAAUAGGUUCUUUAGAUAAAGCUGGUCUUGCAGAUUUAUCAAAUCAACAAACUCUUUCUGUUAGUAAAGAAAGUAGUGGUAAUUAUUCUGAUUUAAUUGCUGAAGCAGAACGUUCCGCUUAUCCCAAUAUGUUACCAAUAAAUGAUAAUGUACUUACUGCUGUUUCAAUUAUUCAAGAUUCAUUCAAUUAUCGACAUCAUGCAUGUGUUUGUCAGCUAUUAACCGCAGUUCUUACGGCGUUGUCAGUGCAUAUACCCAGGUGGGAUCGCAAAGAUUGGGAACAAGCUGCUGUAUGUGGUGUCCUAGCGCAGUUUGAAGGCCUUCUAAGUUGUUAUGGCGACGAACAAGGAAUGAUUGAGGAUUGGGCAUGGGCAAUUGAUUAUUUGUUGACGUAUCGUGUUACACUUCGUCCAUCUAGUAACUUCUCUGAUUCCAUAAUUGAUACGAGUGGAAGAAAUUCCGAUGAUACGGACUCGAAAGUUCCUACCUCGAAUCUCUCUGAUACUGAAGAAUUUCAUGUGGAUUUCAAAGUCACAAGACUGAACGAAUGCGAGCUUGCUGUUCCUUGGAAAUCAUGGGUUCAUGCUCCUUCGGAAAUUCAAGCUCGUGGUCGUGUACGAAUUCGUUUACAUCCUGUCUCAUUUGUAGUCGGAAUCAAUGAACUACAAUCAGUUGCUGAAACUUUAGAUAAAACUGCUGUGCAAAACGCGGUAAACAAUCAUGGCUUAACAUCUUUACGCGCUUAUUUCAAUCGAUAUACAAAACAUUUUGGCGCUCCAGGUCGAACUGUUUCAAAUCAAGAUGUCUGGGAUUUACUCACAGAUAUUACACAUCAUCUUUCUACACCUGUUCGUUCAAAACCGGUUGAAGUGUUACAGUUAGCAUCAGAAAUUACUCAAGCAUUUCAUGGUUUACGAAUAACAACUUGUAAAUCAGCUAAAGAUCGUACAGCUAUGUCUGUUACUUUAGAACAAAUCCAAUGGUUGAAAAGUGAAGGUAUGCAUGAAAGUUGUUUUACUAAAGCUCUUCAAUGUAUUCGAAGCACUGGUCUACGUCUAGAUAAUGUAAUGAAAAACACUGGUAAACGUAAAUAUGCGUUCAAUCGUCUCCAGCUAUUAUCAUUUCCAAGAUUGUAUAAACCACCAAUGGGAACAUAUUCUACAAAUGUAUCAUCUUAA